AUGGUGGGCGGCGGCGGCAGCGGCGGCGGCGGCGGGGGCGUGGGCGGUGGUCUCCUGGAGAACGCGAACCCGCUCAUCUACGAACGCUCCGGGGAGCGGCCGGUGACGGCGGGCGAGGAAGACGAGCAAGUGCCGGACAGCAUCGACGCCCGCGAGAUCUUCGAUCUUAUUCGCUCCAUCAACGACCCGGAGCAUCCACUGACGCUAGAAGAAUUGAACGUAGUAGAGCAAGUUCGGGUUCAGGUUAGUGACCCCGAGAGCACAGUGGCGGUGGCCUUCACACCUACCAUCCCGCACUGUAGCAUGGCCACUCUUAUUGGCCUGUCCAUCAAAGUCAAGCUUCUGCGCUCCCUUCCUCAGCGGUUCAAGAUGGAUGUGCACAUUACACCUGGGACCCAUGCCUCGGAGCAUGCAGUGAACAAACAGCUUGCAGAUAAGGAGCGAGUGGCGGCUGCGCUGGAGAACACCCACCUGCUAGAGGUUGUGAAUCAGUGUCUGUCAGCCCGCUCUUGAGCCUGGCUUUUGGUCUCAAGCCUGCACACUGGUGUCCUGGCCCAAGCUCCACCUAGAGCUCAUGGCUCUGUUUUCUUGAAUCACUGGCAAUGAGAAACCAACAUUGUGCAUUUUGUAAUAAACCCUUAAUUUAUAUUCA